AUGGCCACCGCAUUCAAAGUCCACCUCACCCCGUCGGUCAGCGACAUCCCAUCGCUCCCUCAAACACAAGAAGCCGCACAAACAGCAACUCAGCUCCUCCAGAAAGAUCUUGAACAACACCACAUCUUCUUCAAUGACCACCACUUCCACAACCACAUCCCCCAUCUCUUGUUCUCGUUCUUCGCCACGGGCGCUUCUCCCGCCGUAAUGCAGCGCGAAUACGCCCGCGACGCAUCCUACCAGCGCCCCCUCGGCGCCGUCGACAAGACCGUCGUGCAAGCCCUACAUGCCGACUACGAUGCCGCAAUUCUCCGGUCUAUCGGUGUCGCUGAGCACUAUGCCAGUCUCAUCCAGUUCUACCAGGAGAAAAUCGACGAGCUAGGAUGGAAGCAAGUCGUCCUGCAAUACGUCUUUAACGAAACACCAUCGGCCAUCAAGCUGAUGCACUGUCUCUUUAGCGGUCUUGUGCACCCACUCAUUGAACUCAUGUAUGGACUCGAGUUUGCGCAGCCCGCCAUCAUUGGCCAAGCACUCGCCCAGGCAGUCGUGCAAGGCGACGACUUUAGCAGCCUCUUUGCCAAAGUCGAUGCCCAGAAGCCUUCACUCCCCCUUCAGUCUGUCGUUGACUUGCUCGAGACGAUUCACACCGACCAACCUGGUCUCAUGGCAGCAGCUACACCACCAGACCGAUACGACAUCUUCAGCAUCACAUCCAAAGCACCCGACGCGCUCGCAGCAUAUCUCGCGCGCAUUGAAGUCAAUGAGGACCUCGAAGAAGCUCUUGACGAGAUGAUCCAUAUCCAUGCAUACACUGCGCUCGCUGCUGCGUUCAAAGCAGACCGUAAACCCAAACUCGACUUCUUCCUCGUCCACCAUCACAACUGUGCGCCUCUUCUACAAUACCUCAAAGAAAACAAGAACUGGAUCCCCCGCGCAUCCCUCAUCCGGCUCAUCCAGUUCGCCCAGCGCCUCCAUGUCAUCGACUACAUUUCGCAGUGCGCGCCCCCUCUCGCCCUCGCCACACUAAGAGGAUAUACACCACGCGACGCUGCGUCUGGAAAUGUGGCAUCCACCCCAAAGGACCUUAUUCCACGCUUCCAUGAAGCCGUGGAUGAUGCACACAUUAUUAAAGUCGUGCGAGGGCUGUUUAUUGCCGAGAAGGCCGCAGCCAAGUACACGGAGCGCGCGGAGCAGCCCGCGUGGCUGCGCAUCAAGGACAAGCAGACUUGGCUGAAUAUGCAUUAUGUUGUUUUGGAUUCUAUUGAGAAUAGGGCGGCUGGUGAGCGUGCGUUUGUAUUUCACGCGGGUUAUGAUGAGUCGUGGGCUGCGUUUCCCAAGUUGGAGGAUGCCUCGAAGCUUUAG